AUGUCUUCAGUUGAGGUUUUUAGAGAGUUUGUCAACGAGCGACUAAAUGCUGCUGCUGAAGAAAUAUUCGGAGUUUUUCAAGAAGCUGUCGUCGAGUACGAGGCAGAGAUCCAUCGUCAGCGCAGACUGCUGGAUGUCGUUUGGAAACCGGAAAUAAAGUUACACAGGAUAGAGCUCCCACAGCAACAUGUCUGUAAGGAGGAGGAGGUCCUCUCUGACCAGCAGCUCUGUAUUCAGGAGAGGAACUCCAGUCUGGACCAAGAGGACCCAGAGCCUCCACAGAUUAAAGAGGAGCAGGAGGAACUCUGCACCAGUCAGGAGGGAGAGCAGCUUGUACUGAAGCAGGAGACUGAUACCUUUAUGUUGACUCCUACUGAUGAGGAAAGUGACCACCAGCUCCUCUCUCACAACUCUCACGUAGCUGAGCGCCAAGAUCAGAAAGGAGGCAAGCAUGGAGACUCAGGCUCAACUAGAACUGCAGAGCCAAAUGAACAGAAUCUAAAUCACGAAAGCACAAGUCACAGUAACAAUGUAGAAAACCCUCACCUGUCAGAGAUGCACUGUGAUACUCACACAGGUAAACAGCCUUUCAAAUGUGACACAUGUGGAAAAGACUUUCAGAAUAAAUCAAAACUGAAGAGACAUCUGACAAUCCACACAUGUGAGAAGACAUAUUCUUGCAGAACAUGUGGGAAAGCUUUUAAACUUUGUAGCAACUUGACACGCCACACAGGUGUGAAGCCAUAUUCUUGCAGAACAUGUGGGAAAGCUUUUAAACUUUGUAGCAACUUGACACGCCACAUCAGAACCCACUCAGGUGAGAAGCCAUAUUCUUGCAGAACAUGUGGGAAAAAAUUUGGAUUUCAUAGUAACUUGACACGCCACAUGAGAACCCACACAGGAGAGAAGCCAUAUUCCUGCAACGCUUGUGGGAAAAGAUUCACUCAGAAAUCAGCAUUGACGUCUCAUCAUACAAGAAUCCACACAGGCCCCUUGGUGUCCCCGCCUCUGCUCAUGCCUUUUUAAGGCUGCAUACUGCAUUAUACCCUAAGCUCCCACAGCAACAUGUCUGUAAGGAGGAG